CAUUCUUGUUUAUUGCUUUAGGACGAUGCAAGCUGCAAAGGUUUCUGCUAAAUUGACUCGACGGGGUUUGUCUUGGCGCCAUGGAUAUAAUCCAACCAUGAGAAUUUCCAGCCGGUUUCUUAGUUCAUCUUCGGCUUCGCAUGUAGGCGUCACCUCUACUAACGGUCUCGGCAUACAAGGAGAAGUUGAUAAUUGCUGUCAACAAGAUGGAGGAGAUGCAGUUCUUUCAAGAGAAAAUAAGAGGAGAUUGUCCCAGUAUUUACGCCAUAUUCCGCAGUUUGUGAAGAUUGUUGAAGUCGGUCCAAGAGAUGGACUACAAAAUGAAAAGCACAUUGUACCAACUGCUGUUAAGGUUGAAUUAAUAAAGAUGCUAGUCUCUUCUGGGUUGCGUAUUGUUGAAGCCACGAGUUUUGUUUCUCCUAAAUGGGUACCUCAGUUAGCAGAUGCAAACGAUGUUAUGGAGGGAAUUCGAAAUGUUGAAGGUGCUCGAUUUCCUGUGUUGACCCCAAAUAUUAAGGGUUUUGAAGCGGCUGUUGCAGCUGGAGCAAAGGAAGUAGCUAUCUUUGCUUCAGCAUCCGAAUCCUUCUCAAAGUCAAAUAUCAAUUGCAGCAUAGAAGAAAGUCUCCGUCGUUACCGUGAAGUUGCUGUUGCUGCAAGAAAGCACUCACUUCCAGUUCGCGGAUAUGUAUCAUGUGUUGUGGGCUGUCCCAUUGAAGGAAUGGUGCCCCCAUCAAAUGUAGCAUACGUUGCUAAGGAGCUUUACAGUAUGGGAUGCUCUGAAAUAUCCCUUGGCGAUACAAUUGGUGUUGGUACUCCAGGAACUGUGAUUCCAAUGCUUGAAUCUGUAGUUGAUGUUGUUCCAAUUGAAAAUCUUGCUGUUCAUUUCCAUGACACUUAUGGGCAAGCUCUGUCCAAUAUCCUGCUCUCACUCCAGAUGGGGAUUGGCACGGUGGAUUGUUCGGUUUCUGGCCUAGGGGGUUGCCCAUAUGCUAAAGGUGCUUCUGGAAACGUUGCAACUGAAGAUGUUGUGUAUAUGCUGAAUGGAAUUGGAGUGAAGACCAACGUAGAUCUUGAAAAGCUCAUGUUGGCUGGAGAUUUCAUCUCCAAGCACCUGGGGCGUCCUUCCGCUUCAAAAGUAGCAAUUGCAUUGCAGAAAGUUGCCUCCAAGCCCAAUAAAUGCACAGCUACUGCAUCCAAAUUAUGAGGUGAAAUCAACAUUUCCUCUUCAUCUUAUCAAGGGCAAUGUCUGUGAAGAAAACUCUUGCUUUCAAUACUUAGUAGCAUUGUGAAUGCAGAGAAUGAAGCGUCGAAGAGAUGCACGGUCUCGAUGGCAGAUGGGCAUAUGAAGAAAUAAUGGAGCACGGUCUCGUUAGUGUAUUGAUGAAAACCAUUUAUCUACACCGAUCACCACCUUCUUUCAUUAACUUUCUCAUGUUUCAAUCUACCGCUUAACAUUUCUCUAUUUUUUUUUUAACAUUCUCUUUAAUCCUC